AUGGAGCAGUUCAAGAAGGUGCAGAUUAAUAUACCAUUGCUCGACGCCAUCAAGCAAAUUCCUUCAUAUGCCAAAUUUUUGAAGGAGCUCUAUACCAACAAAAGGAGGUUUGAGAAAAAUGAAAAAGUGAUGUUGUCGGAGGAAGUGAGCGCUGUGCUUCAAAGAAAAUUGCCACCACAGCUCAAGGAUCUUGGCAGCUUUACAAUCCCGUGUACCAUUGGAGAUAAAAACUUUGAGAAGGUCCUACUUGAUUUGGGGGCAAGUGUGAAUCUCAUGCCCUAUUCAGUCUACGAAACUCUUGGUAUUGGACCUUUACAAAACAUAAGCAUCUCCCUACACUUUGCAGACCGUUCGGUAAAGUAUCCAAGAGGCAUAGUGGAGGAUGUGCUAGUUAAAGUUGAGAAUUUUAUUCUUCCAGCAGUUUUCGUUGUUUUGGACAUGGAGGAUAAUGAGAUCAGAGGCAAAGCUCUUCCUUUAAUUAUGGGGCGUCCUUUCAUGGCUACUGCAGGUACAAAAAUUGAUGUUAAAGAAGGGUUGUUGACUAUGACAGUGCAUGGUAAUACAAUGACAUGGAGAAUUUUUGAUGCAUUAAAAAGACCUGCAGAUCCUUAUGAUUGUUUUAGUGGGGAUGUGGUACAGCAACUUGUGAAGAAAUCUUUCAUUGAAACAUGCUCUAAAGAUCCUCUUGAAGUGUGUAUUGCUCAACAUGGAAUGGAGUUUGAGAAUGUUGAAGUGUUGGAAGCUGAGGAAGCAUUGAAUGCAGCGAGCACUUAUACACCUAAAUGGUUUCCGAAAUUUGAAUCUUUGCAACAGUCAGAGACCAAGCUUGUGCCCUCUAUUGUCAACCCUCCUACACUUGUAUUGAAACCUCUUCCAUAG